GCGGACACAGUGUGUUUGGAAACAACACACGCAAAUACUUCAUGGCUUAUGAGCAGCCCGAAACUUCUUGAAUCAGGAACCUCUACCUUUUCUUAUCGUGUAUUGUCCUUUUGACUAAAUCGAGUCGUGAAGUCUUCGAAAAUUACUGUGGAUAUUUUAUGCGAUUAUUAAUAUAGUUCUAGUUGGUUAGAUUGCGAAGGAAAAAUGGAAAGUUCUAAGGUCUCGGAUAAAGAGACUAUCUCGCUGGUUAUUAAAACGCCAAAUCAGUUUCACGGUGAUCAGCUGAUCGAGGGAGUGCGCGUGGACUGGACCGUAAAAGACCUCAAAUGUCACCUCUCCGAGGUUUAUCCCAACAACCCGGCUGAGAAAGACCAGAGACUCAUUUACUCAGGCAAGCUGCUUCAGGACAACCUGCUUGUGAGAGAUGUUUUCUCAAAGGUUCCUUCAGAUACCAAGCCCACACUUCACCUGGUGUGUGCUGUGAGACCCCAACCUGCUGCCCAGCUAGGAGCAAGACCCAAAGUGACAUCAACACAGCAGCAGAGUUCCCAGCACUCCCCGCUAACUGCUACCCAGAGCUCAGAGUCUCCAGGACCAUCCGUGACCUCUGUACCCUCCACGGAUGGCCUUAGACAGCGAGGUCAUGCCGCCUGGCCUGGCACUAGUGCUGACACAUCUACGCCUGUAACAGCAGCGAUGACCCACCCAGCCUUCCCCACGUACUCCCUUUAUAGUCCACAACAGCUUCUGUGGUUGCAGCAAAUGUAUGCCCGCCAAUACUACAUGCAAUAUCACGCUGCCAUGACAGCUGCCGCCUCCGCUCCGAUGGCCGCCCCUGCCGCUGCUACCUCACUACCUGUCGGCCCUCAUCAAGCCGCUGUACCUGCAGCUUUACCCAAUCAAGGUCCCAUCAACAACCUGCCAGCCAAUCAGAACGCCCCAGGUCCUGCGUUCAUCAACCCAGAGGGAGCAAAUCAGAAUCUGAGAAUGAAUGCCCAGGGUGGCCCUGUGAUGGAAGACGAGGAGGACAUAAACCGCGACUGGCUGGACUGGGUGUACACAGCAUCCCGAUUGGGUGUCUUCCUGAGCAUUGUGUACUACUACUCCAGCAUGAGCCGCUUCGUCCUGGUCAUGAGCAGCCUGGUUAUUAUGUACCUACACACAGCAGGCUGGUUUCCUUUUAGACGGAGACCCCAAGCCAGGCCUCACAAUCAGCCAGCACCAGAGGUCAUACAGAACCAGCAGAACCAAAAUGAGCUCAGACAUCCAGAACCAGUGCCGCCCCCUGCUGAAGUGGAGGAUGCCGAAGUUGUUGAACCCGUCAUGAUAGCAGUGCCUGUUACCCCAGUUAGACGACCCCUCCUAUGGACAGCCUGGGUGUUUUUCAAAGCCUUUUUCGCUUCUUUGAUACCUGAGGCUCCACAGGGCAUUGCAAACUGAAUUGGAAGCAGUCGGACUGAAACGACAAAACUGGACCUUGGCUUGACCAUUUAGACGGGACAUUAUACAUGAAGGCUACAAGUACUAGAAAUAGUAGCACUUUCCAGUCCUUUGCCUAUGUGAACAUUGGUUGCACAUUCUGUAUAAACAUGGACAUGGAGUUGUAAAUAUUGCUGGACAGUUUUUGCUUAGCACUUUAGAUAACCACACCGGCUGGAAUCAAUGGUAUCAGUCUCCUGGCCUGAUCCUCUUAUAGGCCCCUGUCACCAGGGCUUCAUUCUCUUGAAAUGCUCUACGAUGAGGGAUCCAAGGAUUAAACUCAUGGGAUUAUUUUAUUAAGGUUCUAGUAUAAUGGACAACGAAGGCCAUACAUUGAUUUUGCAUGAAUAGAUGGAGGGUGCUUGGGAGAAUGCAUUUGUGGCACUUUGAAGCUAAUGGUGUUUAUGCAAGUUAAAUAUGCUUACAUGUGCUCUUUUUUUAAAUUGUAUUCAACCUGUGAAAUGAAUAUUGUUAAUAUUUAUGAAGAAGGUUUGGUAUGCGUUCAAGUAGUUUGAGCAGAAUUUGCAAUUUAAAGAGCACCAGUGUUUGCUGUUGACUUUGGGAUGAAACAAAGGCGAAUGAAUUUCAAUGACGUGCAAUUUUGCAUUUUCUUUACACAAAGGAACUGCACUUUGGUACCUGCAAGAGUGGGGGACAGAAAUUAGGACAGGUAUGGUUCUGAGAGACUAAAAAAUAUGUUUUUAAUCUGGUAUUUAUCAACACUGUAGCAUUGCUGUCAUUUAAUUGUAUGUAUAAAAUAGCAUUGUUUAUUAACAUUAAUAAGAUUCUCUUUGUACCAGAAAAUGAAACAAGAAAUAAACAACUUUGUUUCAAUUUCA